GAAGUUCUUUGUAAGGUUUACCAGACUGCCGCGCCACCAUUCACGGCAGUUUCUUCUUACGCAUUUACUAAUAAAUUCCAAUGCGUUGGAUCCGAGUGAAUGAUUAUAAAAAUUAUUCAAUAAUUCGCUAAAAGUUUGUUAAGACACAAAUUUUUAUUUGUGCAAACGUGUUUCCGAAGAAAAAUUUUCUGUAGUACCUGACAAAAUGGCUCUAACCAAUAUUUUGCUUCUCAGCCAAAUAUCCGGAUAUAUUGUAGCUUUUAUACUGUCACUUUGUAUUAUCAUACCUAUGAGUUUGCAUCAGGAUGAAUUUAGCGGGCAUUGCCUACUAUUUUCAACUGGAACAUGGCAAGAAUCAGAUGGACAGUUUGUUGUAAAUUGGGCUUCACAUGCGUAUUGUCAUUAUACAAUAUUUGUAGGUUUAAUGUUGUUCAUUACAUCUGCUAUACAAAUCUAUAGAUUAUCCGUGUUGAUGUAUCGUGGUGAAGACAGCUCCUUUCUGUCUGCAUUCAUAGAUGUUGUUAGUUCAAUAUUUCUUACAACGAUUACUUUAAUUGCUGCAAUUAUUGUUACACUUGGAUUUAUGACUUGGUGUCAAAAUAUGACAAAAAGAUUUCCAUCGUGUGAAUUGGCAGCUGGAAAUGACAUUGAUAAAGCUGAUGGAAUAGACACAUCUGGUUUUCAUAUAGAAUUAGGUGCUGCUCAAUUUGGAACUUGGACCAGUUUGUCCAUUUGGGUUGGUCUGUCAGUUUUUGCAGUCUUAAAAUUGUUACGGUAUCAUCAGCUGGAAAAUAUGAAAGUUUCCAUGUACAGAGAAAGACAAAGAUUGAUAGAAGCUGCCAGAAGUAACGAGAUCCAAGAAGUCAACUAAAAAUAUAAAGGUAUUAUAAAGUAUUUGAGUUAUAAAAAGUAUAGAAAUUCCAAUACUCUGAUUUCAUUGAAACUUGCUUUUAAAAGUCUUUGUACGUUGUGGAAUUAAUUUUGCUGACGCACAAUUUUUAAUUGAUAUAAAUGAUUUGAUACAUUCUAAAUGAAAAUGGCUUCCUAUGAGAAAGAAUGGAACAGUUUAAAACUUAAAUGUAAGUUUUUUAAAAUGAGAAAUAAUAUAUUAAAAUGAAUUACUUUUUGUUAAAAGAAUGAGUUGUUGCUUAGUUUUUAAGCUUCAUACAUAUCAAGACUGGAUAAAAUUGCUAUUUACAUGCUUUGUAAUUAGCAUUAAUGUAUACUCUUAGAACGUUACAUUCAAUAUCUUAACAAACGUUCUUCAUUUUAAGGUAAAAAAAUGACCGUUACAUGUAAAGUAUUUUUAUUGUAUUAAAAUCUUCAUUAUUUGUAUAUACAGGCUGUAAGAGUAGGGAAAAUAUAUAACAUUGUUUAAGUAUUGCAAUUAGUUUAAUAACCUUUAAUAGAGGAAGCUGAUAUUAUACAUUUUAUAAAUAUGUAUGUAUUAAUGAAUGUAUAUAAACUGUAUGAAUAUUGUGUUAGGAGCAAUAUUACUUAAAUAUAUUUUGUAAAUAUGUAUGUAAUAUAUUCUCAUAAUAUGCGAGUAAACUAAACACAUGUAGAAGUUUAUUGUAUUAA